AUGGCGACAAAACGCGCCGUCUCGUUCGUCACCGGCAAUCUGGGCAAACUGAAGGAGGUCAAGGAGAUUUUGACUGAAUUUGAGAUCGUGAACAUUGACAUCGACUUGGACGAGUACCAGGGAACACCGGAAUCGAUCGCCCGGAAGAAGUGUUUGGAUGCGGUGGCGGCGGUGCAGGGACCCGUUUUGGUAGAAGACACAUCCCUGUGCUUCAACGCGCUCGGCGGCCUCCCCGGCCCGUACGUCAAAUGGUUCCUAAAAGCCGUCAAACAGGAGGGAAUCACCAAAAUGUUGGCUGGAUAUGAGGACAAAUCAGCCUAUGCGCAAUGUGUGUUCGCCUACUGCGAGGGAAUCGGACGAGAAGUGCACAUUUUUGACGGCAGAUGCCCCGGAAAAAUUGUUGAGCCGCGAGGACCCAGGGAUUUCGGAUGGGAUCCGUGUUUUCAGCCGGACGGCUACGAGGAGACGUACGCCGAAAUGGACAAGACCAUCAAGAAUCAGAUCAGCCAUCGCGGGCGCGCCCUCGAACUUGUGAAGGCCCAUUUUGCAAAAAUUUCCCUG